AUGGAUCUCCCCAACAAUUCUGUUAUAAAUCCUCUUGCACCUCUGCCCACUUGGUGGAAAAAGGGUGGGGGCCACAGUGCUGGCCAGAAUGCAAAACUGAUGUCCAAUGUCACCCCACCACCCUAUGCACCUCCCAUUGUGAAUGAUCCUAGCCCAGCUGACAUGCCUCCAAAUCCUGUCCCUCAGUCUUCAACAGCAGUAGCAACACCUGUCUUCCAUCAGUGCCCCACAGACUCCCAUCACUUUGGUUUCAGUGUUCUGGCUCAACAGCCAGGUCAUAUCAUGCCUCCUGGGAUGGAACCUGACCUUCAAGUGCUCAAUAAUCCUUAUAUCACUGCAAUUCAGGGAGACCAAGUUCCCAGUGAUACAUCUCAUCCACCAACACCCCAGCCCAACUACCAGUCUCAGUUUAUCCCCCACCAGCCACCUGCUACUUUCCCCGACUCUUGUAUUGACCCCUCCCUUGAUAAGAAGCUGUCAUCAGAGGGCUCCUCAGAAGAGGAGUCAGAGUCCUUGAGUAAUAACCCAUUGGACACAGAGGCUGGCCAGGUCUCUGGCAAUGAGUCUGACAAAGAUGAGGACAUUUGGAUGGGAUGCAAUGAAUCUUAG